UGCGGCGGGGCAAGGCGUAACGUCGGCGCGUCCUGACGUCAACACGGCACAAGCGCUGUUGGAGCUGACGUCAGUUCCUGGUGGUGCAAGAUGGCGGCGCUGAGGGCGAGUGCAGGAGUGCCCAGAGGAUGUAUCCAUGCUUUGCUGGGACUGAGAAUGCCCACCCUCCUUGCUCCCUGCACCUUUGCUCCUCCCAUUUUCAGGCAGAACCUAGCGACUGAGGCUAAAAAAACAUAUCUGCGAGAAAAGCCGCACAUGAACAUCGGGACGAUCGGACACGUGGACCAUGGGAAAACUACGCUAACGGCUGCCAUCACCAAAGUCCUGGCGGAGGCUGGAGGAGCCAGGUUCAAGAAAUAUGAGGACAUCGACAAUGCACCAGAGGAAAAGGCACGGGGCAUCACUAUCAAUGCCUCCCACGUGGAGUACACGACCCCCAACCGCCACUACGCUCACACCGACUGUCCUGGGCACGCCGACUACGUGAAGAACAUGAUCACAGGCACAGCGCAGCUGGACGGAUGCAUCCUGGUUGUCGCAGCUACUGACGGGCAGAUGCCUCAGACCCGGGAGCACCUUCUGUUGGCCAAGCAGAUCGGAGUGGACCACAUUGUAGUGUACGUGAACAAAGCAGACGCAGUGGAGGAUGGCGAGAUGCUGGACUUGGUCGAGCUGGAGGUCCGGGAGCUGCUCAGUGAGUUUGGAUACGACGGGGAGAAGACACCCGUGAUCUGUGGCUCUGCCCUCUAUGCACUGGAAAACCGGGAGGCAAAGAUGGGCAGAGAGUCGAUUCUGAAACUGCUGGAGGCUGUGGACACCUUCAUUCCUCUUCCCAAACGGGACCUGGAUCACCCGUUCCUGCUGCCCAUUGAGCAGAUCUACUCCAUCCCAGGGCGAGGAACAGUAGUGACGGGAACACUGGAGAGAGGCAUUAUCAAAAAGGGAGAUGACUGUGAGUUCAUUGGUCACAACAAGAGCCUGCGCUCCGUGGUCACUGGGAUCGAGAUGUUCCACCAGAACCUAGAGCGGGCCGAGGCGGGAGACAACCUGGGGGCUCUGGUGCGCGGCCUGAAGCGGGAGGACGUGCGCCGUGGGAUGGUGCUGUGUAAGCCUGACUCUGUCAGGCCCCACCAGAAGGUGGAGGCACAGGUGUACGUACUGAGUAAGGAAGAAGGGGGUCGUCACAAGCCGUUCGUCACUAACUUCAUGCCAGUGAUGUUCUCCCUCACGUGGGACAUGGUCUGCCGGGUGGAACUGCCAAAGGGCAAGGAGCUGGUCAUGCCUGGGGAAGACACCUCCCUCACCCUCACUCUGCGGCAGCCCAUGGUGUUGGAGAAAGGCCAGCGUUUCACCCUGAGGGACGGAAACAAGACCAUUGGCACAGGUCUGGUCACCAGUGUCCUGCAGAGCACGCCCGAUGACAUCAACUGGGGCUGACCUGUGCCCCUCAGCGCACCCAUGCCAAAUCCUGAAACUGGUCUCUCCCCAAGGUCUCUCACUCUCUCUCAGAUGUUAUUUAAAAUGUUCUUUUUUAUUAAAAAUAAACUCAUUGAGGAACGAAAA